GGAGAGAGAGUGAGAUAGAGAUAUAACAAUAAACAAAAUACCAUAUACACACAUAUACACACAUACACAAGAGAAAAGUCCUCGAAGAUCUUUUUUUUUUUUUAUAUCCAUUUUUCGUUCUUUCACAAUUCUCGUAUCGGCAAAAGUGCGUAUCAUUCGAGGAAUUAUAUCGAAUAAUUUGUAUUACGAUAAACGUAAAUUAACGUGAAGCAAUAGCAAAGUGUGAUAAAAAGUAACGUAAUUGUUAUUCAUUGAUUGAAAUAAAAGAAAAGAAUAGAAAAGAAAACAAAGGAAAACCAAGAAAAAAGAAAAGAAAAGAAAAAAAAAAGAAGAGGAGAAAGGAAGAAAACGAAGAGAUACAAAAACGGGAAUAAUAAUCUAUAAGAGAGGUGUGCGAAAAGCGUUUGCGUUAGAAAGAAGAGAUAACUGAUCUAUUUAUAGAUAAUUAUCUCAAUUGUUUUUGAAAUUAUCAUCGUAAUAUAUAAUAUCCGAAAGAUAAUACGUCGCAAUUGAUCUAAUUAGAUAGAUCUUCGAUAAAUACAAACAUAUAUAUAUUUAUAUAUAUAUAAAUACGAUAUAGAGACGGAUCAUCGUAAGGAUGACGUUAAAUCGUAAAAAAGAUUCAACCGGGAAUGUUCGUGGGACAAAAGAUGGCGGCGAUAGGACGAUAAUAACGUCAUCCAGUCGAAAUAAUACAGGAGAUAUACAGGCAUCUACUGGUACGAGUGUUGUUGAAACAGUGGUAUUGUCAUCCAGUAGCGUACACGAAGAAGCAAAGAAAACAAUAGUAGAGAGCGAAUCCAGAAGUAGCAUCGUUGAAAGUAGUAAUACAAGUCGCGAGGUUAUCAUGGAUUCCAAAGGUAAUGUUAUACGGGUGAUCGAGAAAACGUCACCGAUAUCGGCAACGAAAAGUUCGAUCGAAAGGACCGGCAAAAGUUCGGAGGAUUUUAUUAUCGCGGAAAAAAUAAUUAAACAGGAUGGGAAAACUUUAAUGCAAGAUCAAAAAUCCAAAAGUCAAUGUGAAAGAUCCAAAAUGGUUUCCACUUCGACUAGUAAUAUACAAGAGACUAUGGAUCAUCAUGGUGAUAUAAAAGUGUUAUCGUCUAAUACGAUAGAAACUAGACAGGCUAAUAAAGAAUCGAAAGAAGAAAUAAUGAAGAAUGGUGAUACCAUCAGUAGUAACAUUCAAAGUAUCAAAGAAUCGUCUGAGAUGAUUGACGACAAUGGGAAAAUAUUGUCGUCUAAUAGCCGAAGUGUCGAAAAUGAAACGAAAUUUUUACCGGUCGAACAACAACAACAACAACAACAACUACCACGGACAUCACGUAUUGUUAAAUUUACGGAUGACGACGUCAAGGAGACAUCAGGUGAAAGUACCGUCCUUGAUAAUUCGAUUAAAUCAGGACGAACUAACGUUUGGGAUGGUACAUUUAUAAACGAACGAAAUACAAAGUCUUAUAGUGAGAGAAAAAAUGAUAAUAUAAUGAUUAGCAACGUGUUGCUGGAUGGUGGAACGAUUGACGAAAGAGAUGCCGGGACAGGCAUUGAAAUCACCAACGAACAAAGUUCAAAUACGAUCAGAGAGAUGUCCUCGAUGAUUCAAGAAACGUCAAAGGAUAGUUCGAAAUUAUUAAUCGGUACUGCUGAUGUUCGUCGUAAAAAACUUGGCGAAUCUACUUGGGAUGGUCGUUUCGUUUAUGAGAAACCUAAAGAAACGAAAAGACGAGGUAAUAUUUCGGAUGCCAAUAUUUUUAGGCAUAAUAAUAAUAAUAAUAAGGAUGAUAUCAUUGAAUCAACGCAAAGAAGUGAUUACAAAGAAAAAAGUUUAGAUGGUACCUAUGAAAAAGAAUCGUCUAACGUCGUACAGAGACGCGAAGGAUCAACGGACACAUCGAGAUUUAUCUCGGAAGAAAAAUCCAGUAGUACCAAGGAGAGUCAAAUUUAUACGGAUCAAUCAAAGUUAUUAGAUAAAAAUCAAUUUGAUGCAAAUAAAAAUAUACGAUACGAUAACAAACAAGAUCUCGAUAAAACCGUUGUAAGAAGAAAGGAUAAAUUGAGAGAUGUAAUAAUGGACGUACAAGAUAUAACGGAGGAGCAACAAAGUGUAUCAAAUAUGUCCGAAUUCGUAUCGAGCUCAUACGUGGUCGAAUAUGCGAGUUCGAGCGAUGCGAAAAAUAUCGAAUUGGUAACAUCAGUAUCGGAAACGAUUCACGAGGAGGACGUUGAGAAUAUAGGUAUUGGAAGAUCGUCAUCAAUUAAAAAAGAUCAUCGAAGUUACAAACCUGGCGAAUCGACUUGGGACGGUAGUUUCGUUUACGAGAGAUCACCAAAAUUGGAUCGUCGGCGAAGACCAGCUGAUGAGACAUUUGUGAUUCAUGACGUGAGCGAGGAUCAUUCGAUAAACGAAGCCGACAUUUCGACGACAUCUUACAUAGUCGAACAUUCCUCGAGUCAACAGAGUUUCACUGAUAUUAAAGAUAGUUCGUCAAUGGAAACGAUUGUUCAUCAGAGUCCAAAAAGAUUAAUUGGUAAGCCAGGUACAUCCAGUUGGGAUGGUACAUUUAUUUUCGAAAAACCCGAAGACAUAAAAAGAUCAUCUAGUAGAACCGAACAACAAAAGGUCAGUGAUUUAUCGAAACGAGGAGAAACUAAUGUUAAUAUUUCAUUGGAGGACAAACCUAGGAAACACGUGAGUGACAUUACUCUCGAUAUUCACGAUAGAAUAACAUCAGAGACAUUUACCGACACCAAUCUGGUUAAAUUGGAUCGUAAGACGAAAACUCAUGACAGUUACUACAACGAUACGUCUAAUCUUGAUUUCUCUUCUACUUCCGUUGAAACGGUCGUCCAACGAGAUGGACAACAACCGGUGACCUCGAGCCAACGAAUUAUUACAUUAGAAGAUCGACCUGAAACUCCGGACACUGGAAUAAGACGUAUCGCUGAGGGAUCGAAGGAAUCGUUGCAUGUUCAAGAUAGAACAUAUCGACCUAGCAAACCAGGCUCGUCUACUUGGGAUGGUUCCUUUGUUUACGAAAAAUUGGAUGAUAGAAAGACGUCAAGUUCGAUGAUCGUUAAGGAUAGUAAAGAUUUUGUUAGUUCAACCGAACUAAAAACAUCGUCAACAAAUGAAAUUGUUAAUACAUCGAAAAUUAUUGAGGAUAUUACUGAUGAUACGAAACGUUUAAAGGAAUUUAAUGGAUCACAAAGUCCAAUUGAUAGAUCAAUUCGACGACCUUUGAAACCAGGUAUUUCGACCUGGGAUGAUUCUUUCGUACAGGAUAAAAAUAUAUCGACUACGGACACGAGAACUUCAAUUAUAUCGAAAGAUAUUUCGAAAGAUUUAACAAGUUCAACUAAAGUUAUAAGUACAACAAAUGAGAUUAUUGAUUCUAUCGAUUCGUCGAAGAUUAUUCAAGAUGAUAUUUCUUAUGAGAAAAGAUUUAUCGGAGAAUCUAAUGGAUAUGAGGAUACAGAUAAAAGAGAUAAAAGUCCGGAAAAGAAAUCAAUAGACAGAACUAUACGACCUUCGAAGCCUGGUGCUUCGACCUGGGAUGGUUCGUUUGUUUAUGAAAAACCUCAGGAUUCUAAAAGGAAACCAACAGACAUUGAGAAAUCUUUAUUCUCUUCUUCUGAUCUAAAAAAGCCUGAUGAUUUAAAAACAAUUUCACGAUCGCCCAUUGAUCAAGAAAUGAUCGAUAAAUCGAUCGAAAGAACAACCUUUUCGACAUUCGUGGAAGAUGUUAGGGAUGUUCAGGAUAUUACUGACGUCACAGAUAUUACUACGUUUAAAUCAGAUUUAAAGAAUGUUACAAAUAUUACUGACGUCACUGAUGUUACCAUGUUCAAAUCGGACGUUCGAGAUAUACACGAGGAACAUGUCAUCAACGAAUUUAUUACGGAUACACGCAAGGACACUAUGAGAGAUGUCACUAAAUCAACGAAAGAAUUCAUCGAAACAGAGCAGGUGACUAGUAUGGUAGCUCGAGAUGUCGUCGACGAUAUUCGGUUUGAGAGGAUCACCAGCUCAACUCCUAAACCAACGACCGAUCUCACGAGAAAAACGUCCCCAGAAAGACUUGGUUAUCCUCAAGGAAUACCAGGGAUUAGGGAAGACGAUCGAACGAAAUCGAUUCCAGCUGCUGGAAAACCAUCUCGCCCUCAGCAACCAGAAAAAAGUCCUACGGAUGAUAUCAAAAAGCCGACCGAUGGGGGGAAACCAAGAGAUUACGUCUCACCGACGAGAAAGCAGCAACCAAUACCAGCGGCCGGCAAACCAAGUAGACCGGAAGAGAGAUCACCAAGUCCAGAGAAGCUUGGAAAAGUUGAAAAAUUGUUGAUUCGUCCAGAAGAUGAUAAACCAGUUGAAGGAAAAUUCAGUCGUCCAGAGGAUAGACCAGCUGCAGGGAAACCAAGCCGUCCUGAUGAAAAAUCAAUUGCAAGCAAACCAAGUCGUCCUGAUGAAACUCAUGAAAGACCAGCUGCAGGAAAACCUAGUCGUCCUGAUGACAAACGUACUGUAGACAAACCCACUCAUCCUGAUGAAAUUCAUGAAAGACCAGCUGCAGGAAAACCUAGUCGUCCUGAUGACAGACGUACUGUUGACAAACCCACUCAUCCUGAUGAAAUUCAUGAAAGACCAGCUGCAGGAAAACCUAGUCGUCCUGAUGACAGACGGACUGUUGACAAACUCACUCAUCCUGAUGAAACUUAUGAAAGACCAGCUGCAGGAAAACCUAGUCGUCCUGAUGACAAACGUACUGUAGACAAACCCACUCAUCCUGAUGAAAUUCAUGAAAGACCAGCUGCAGGAAAACCUAGUCGUCCUGAUGACAGACGUACUGUAGACAAACCCACUCAUCCUGAUGAAAUUCAUGAAAGACCAGCUGCAGGAAAACCUAGUCGUCCUGAUGACAGACGUAUUGUUGACAAACCCACUCAUCCUGAUGAAUUUGAUGAAAGACCAGCUGCAGGGAAACCUAGUCGUCCUGAUAAAAAACCAGCUGCAGGCAAACCCAGUCGUCCUGAUGAGCCUGAUGAAAGACCGGUUGCAGGGAAACCUAGUCGUCCUGAUGACAGACAUACUGUAGACAAACUCAGUCGUCCUGAUGAAUUUGAUGAAAGACCAGCUGCAGGGAAACCUAGUCGUCCCGAUGACAGACAUACUGUAGACAAACUCAGUCGUCCUGAUGAAUUUGAUGAAAGACCAGCUGCAGGGAAACCUAGUCGUCCUGAUAAAAAACCAGCUGCAGGCAAAUCCAGUUUUCCUGAUGAAUUUGAUGAAAGACCAGCUGCAGGAAAGCCUAGUCGUCCUGACAAAAGCUCAAUUAUAGGAAAACCCAGUUAUUUUGAUGAACCUGAUGUAAGAACAACUGAAGACAAACCCAGUCGUCCAGAGGAUAGACGACCAGCUGCAGGCAAACCUAGUCGACCAGUUGAUAGACCAAUUGCUGCCAUACCCAGUCAUUUUGAUGAACCUGAUGAUAUAUCAAUUGAAGAUAAACCCAGUUAUCCUGAUGAAAGACCGGCCGCAGGGAAACCCAGUCGUUCUGAUGAACAUCCAAUUACAGGAAAAUUCGAUCGUCCUGACGAAAAACCAGGAAAGCAUAGACGUGGUGAUCAAUCACCGGAUUCUAUUGCUGAAUCUGAAAUAACGCCAACGCCAUCAGAAAUCCUUUCGCGUUUGCCAUUAAAGGAACAGUGUAUCUGUGAACUCUGUACUUGUGGACGCCAUCGUUGUCCGCACAAUCUUCCCGAAGAUCAUAUAGAUAUUUCACGCGAUGAGCCGGUACACGUGGUUAGUUCGUAUCGUGAAGAAUUUGAUGAGAAACACGUGGAGAGACAGCACAGAUACCACCAUGAAGAUCACUUACACAUGGAAGGUGAAUUUGUAGGAGAGAGACGUACCGAUUAUGUGGCCACUUAUGGUGAGAGAGCACCUGUAAGAAAACCACAAGACCAUUUGAAACCUGAGGGUGAGUUUAUUGGAAGGCCAAAGGUAGAAGCACCAACCAGAGGUGAAAGGGCACCAACUAGAAAGCCACAGGACAAUCUUAAACCAGAAGGUGAAUUUAUUGGAAGGCCACAUGAGGAAGCUCCUAAAUAUGGCGAACGUGUUCCAGUUGUCAAACCAAAAGACAAUCUCAGACCUGAAGGUGAUUUUGAAAGUGUGACAACAACAGAGCUGGUGUUCACCGGGGUACCCGGCGAACGACCAAGCCCAGUACGUCGAAAUACAUAUACUAAGGUUGAAGGUGAAUUCAUUGAUGAAACUACAACGAGAUCAGAAUAUAUUGAUCAUCGUAGCAUCCAACGUGCGGAGAUUAUUAAACGUACGGAUAACCUCACCGUAGGAGAGGGUGAAUUCACGGGAACCUCCCAUUUGAAAGAGGAUUUCCAUAAGUAUGAUGUCGUUGAACGUGAACCAAGACGUCGUCCUAUUUAUAGAGAAGAGGAUGAUAGAUUUUACAGUAAAACGGAUGUUGUUGAGAGUACGACUACUACACGCGAAGAGUACAAAACGUUCGAUGAAAUUGAUUACAUUAGUAACACAGUUAUGAGACGUGAUGAUAAUUUGAGACCAGUAGGACCGAUUGAAUGGACAUCACAUGUGAAAGAUGAUUAUAUUGUACCGACGAUAACGCACAGACCUGAACAGAAAAGACCUAAGGACAACUUGAGACCAGAGGGACCAUUUGAAGGUAGACCAAGAGAUGAUUACAAACCAACUCGAGGAGAAAGGGCUGACGUUAAACGGCCUGAAGAUAAUUUGCGACCAGAAGGACCAUUCGAGGGACGACCUAAGGACGAUUAUACUCCGAAACGUGCAGAGAGACCAGAAGUUAGAAGGCCUGAGGAUAAUUUGAGACCAGAAGGGCCGUUCGAGGGACGCCCUAGAGAUGAUUAUAAACCAACUCGAGGUGAAAGAGCUGACGUUAAACGGCCUGAAGAUAAUUUGCGACCAGAAGGACCAUUCGAGGGACGACCUAAGGACGAUUAUACUCCGAAACGUGCAGAGAGACCAGAAGUUAGAAGACCUGAGGAUAAUUUGAGACCAGAAGGGCCGUUCGAGGGACGCCCUAGAGAUGAUUAUAAACCAACUCGAGGUGAAAGAGCUGACGUUAAACGGCCUGAAGAUAAUUUGCGACCAGAAGGACCAUUCGAGGGACGACCUAAGGACGAUUAUACUCCUAAACGUGCAGAGAGACCAGAAGUUAGAAGGCCUGAGGAUAAUUUGAGACCAGAAGGAUCGUUUGAGGGACGCCCUAGAGAUGAUUAUAAACCAACUCGGGGAGAAAGGGCUGAUGUUAAACGACCUGAAGAUAAUUUACGACCAGAAGGGCCAUUCGAGGGACGACCAAAAGAUGAUUAUUCACCGAAACGUGCAGAGAGGCCAGAAGUUAGAAAGCCUGAAGACAAUUUGAGACCAGAAGGACCGUUUGAAGGACGCCCUAGAGAUGAUUAUAAACCAACUCGAGGUGAAAGAGCUGACGUUAAACGGCCUGAAGAUAAUUUGCGACCAGAAGGACCAUUCGAGGGACGACCUAAGGAUGAUUACACUCCAAAACGUGCAGAGAGACCAGAAGUUAGAAGGCCUGAAGACAAUUUGAGACCAGAAGGACAGUUUGAGGGACGCCCUAGAGAUGAUUAUAAACCAACUCGUGGAGAAAGAGCUGAUGUUAAACGACCUGAAGAUAAUUUGCGACCAGAAGGACCAUUCGAGGGACGACCUAAAGAUGAUUAUUCACCAAAACGUGCAGAGAGACCAGAAGUUAGAAAGCCUGAAGACAAUUUGAGACCAGAAGGACCGUUUGAAGGACGCCCUAGAGAUGAUUAUAAACCAACUCGAGGUGAAAGAGCUGACGUUAAACGGCCUGAAGAUAAUUUGCGACCAGAAGGACCAUUCGAGGGACGACCUAAGGAUGAUUACACUCCAAAACGUGCAGAGAGACCAGAAGUUAGAAGGCCUGAAGACAAUUUGAGACCAGAAGGACAGUUUGAGGGACGCCCUAGAGAUGAUUAUAAACCAACUCGUGGAGAAAGAGCUGAUGUUAAACGACCUGAAGAUAAUUUGCGACCAGAAGGACCAUUCGAGGGACGACCUAAGGAUGAUUACACUCCAAAACGUGCAGAGAGACCAGAAGUUAGAAGGCCUGAAGACAAUUUGAGACCAGAAGGACAGUUUGAGGGACGCCCUAGAGAUGAUUAUAAACCAACUCGUGGAGAAAGAGCUGAUGUUAAACGACCUGAAGAUAAUUUGCGACCAGAAGGACCAUUCGAGGGACGACCUAAAGAUGAUUAUUCACCCAAACGUGCAGAGAGACCAGAAGUUAGAAAGCCUGAAGACAAUUUGAGACCAGAAGGACCGUUUGAGGGACGCCCUAGAGAUGAUUAUAAACCAACUCGUGGAGAAAGAGCUGAUGUUAAACGACCUGAAGAUAAUUUGCGACCAGAAGGACCAUUUGAAGGAAGACCAAAAGAUGAUUAUUCACCGAAACGUGCAGAUAGACCUCAUGUAAUACGUCCAGAAGACAACUUAAGACCAGAAGGACCAUUCGAAGGUCGUCCCAAAGAUGAUUACAUGCCAACCAGAGGUGAGAGAGCUGAUGUUAAACGUCCUGAAGAUAAUUUGCGACCAGAAGGACCAUUUGAAGGUAGACCUAAGGAUGACUAUUCACCUAAACGUGCGGAAAGACCAGACGUGAAACGUCCAGAAGAUAAUUUGAGACCGGAGGGUGUGUUCGAAGGAAGACCUAGGGAUGAUUACAAACCAACUCGAGGUGAAAGGGCUGAUGUUAAGAGGCCAGAAGAUAAUUUGAGACCAGAAGGACCAUUCGAGGGUCGACCUAAAGAUGAUUAUUCACCGAAACGUGCAGAUAGACCUCAUGUAAUACGUCCAGAAGACAACUUAAGACCAGAAGGACUAUUCGAAGGACGUCCCAAAGAUGAUUACAUGCCAACCAGAGGUGAGAGAGCUGAUGUUAAACGUCCUGAAGAUAAUUUGCGACCAGAAGGACCAUUUGAAGGUAGACCUAAGGAUGACUAUUCACCUAAACGUGCGGAAAGACCAGACGUAAAACGUCCAGAAGAUAAUUUGAGACCGGAGGGUGAGUUCGAAGGAAGACCUAGGGAUGAUUACAAACCAACUCGAGGUGAAAGGGCUGAUGUUAAGAGGCCAGAAGAUAAUUUGAGACCAGAAGGACCAUUCGAGGGUCGACCAAAAGAUGAUUAUUCACCGAAACGUGUAGAAAGACCUCAUGUAAUACGUCCAGAAGACAAUUUACGACCAGAAGGACCAUUCGAAGGUCGUCCAAAAGAUGAUUACCUGCCAACCAGAGGCGAGAGAGCUGAUGUUAAGCGUCCUGAAGAUAAUUUGCGGCCUGAAGGUCCGUUUGAAGGUAGACCCAGAGACGAUUACAAACCAACUCGUGGUGAAAGGGCUGAUGUUAAGAGACCAGAAGAUAAUUUGAAACCAGAAGGACCAUUCGAAGGAAGACCAAAAGAUGAUUAUUCUCCGAAACGUGCAGAUAGACCUCAUGUAAUACGUCCAGAAGACAACUUACGACCAGAAGGACCAUUCGAAGGUCGUCCGAAAGAUGAUUACAUGCCAACCAGAGGCGAGAGAGCUGACGUUAAGCGUCCUGAAGAUAAUUUGCGGCCUGAAGGUCCAUUUGAAGGUCGUCCUAAGGAUGAUUAUUCACCUAAACGUGCAGAAAGACCUCAUGUAAUACGACCAGAAGAUAAUUUACAUCCAGAGGGGCUAUUCGAGGGUCGUCCCAAAGAUGAUUAUUCACCUAAACGAGUAGAAAGACCAGAAGUUAAACGUCCUGAAGAUAAUUUGAGGCCGGAGGGUCUAUUUGAAGGUAGACCAAGAGAUGAUUACAAACCAACUCGAGGUGAAAGGGCUGAUGUCAAACGUCCAGAGGAUAAUUUAAAACCGGAAGGUCCAUUCGAAGGUCGUCCCAAAGAUGAUUAUUCACCUAAACGAGCAGAACGACCAGAAGUAAAGCGUCCAGAGGACAAUCUUCGACCAGAAGGUGACUUCGAUAGGCCAGAAAUUUCUCCAGUAGGACCAGCUGAACGUCGUUCACCAAUCAAACAUCCAGAUAAUCUCAAACCUGAAGGUGACUUCAUUGGUAAACCUAAAGAUGACUUUAAACCUACAAAAGGUGAACGUGCUGAUGUUAAGAAACCUGAAGAUCAUCUCAGACCUGAAGGUCCAUUCGAAGGUCGUCCCAAAGAUGAUUAUAAACCUACUCGUGGGGAGAGAGCUGACGUCAAACGUCCGGAGGACAAUUUAAAACCAGAAGGACCAUUCGAAGGUCGUCCCAAAGAUGACUACUCACCAAAACGAGCAGAACGGCCAGAAGUAAAGCGUCCAGAAGACAAUCUUCGACCAGAAGGUGAUUUCGAUAGGCCAGAAAAAUCUACAGUGGGUCCAGCUGAACGUCGUUCACCAAUCAAACAUCCAGACAAUCUCAAACCCGAAGGUGACUUCAUUGGUAGACCUAAAGAUGACUUUAAACCUACCAAAGGUGAACGUGCUGAUAUUAAGAAACCUGAAGAUAAUCUCAGACCAGAAGGUCCAUUCGAAGGUCGUCCUAAAGAUGAUUACUUAACAACUCGUGGUGAACGCAUGGACGUUAUCAGACGUACUGACAACCUACGAAUGGAAGGUGAUAUUGAAACUUAUAGAUCACGUGAUGAGUACACCGAUUUCAUCAUACGUGAACGUAGUGAAGUCGUCAAGUAUCAGGACAAUUUAAGAAUGGAAGGUGAAUUCACUGAUAUCAGAACGAGAGACGAUUAUAAGGUCGUCAAAGGUGAUCGAGCUGACAUCGUACGUCACCCUGACAACCUCAAAUCCGAAGGUCCUUUCGAAGGUCUUCCCAAAGAUGAUUACUCACCGAAAAGAGCCGAACGUCCAGAAAUCAAAAGACCAGAAGACAAUUUGAAACCAGAAGGAGAAUUUAUAGGUCGUCCAAAAGAAGAAACACCUAAACGUGGGGAAAGAGCUGACGUCAAAAGACCUAAAGACAAUCUACGUCCUGAGGGUGACUUCGAGAGACCAGAAAAAGUCCCAAUGGGUCCUAGCGAAAGAAGAUCACCUAUCAAACAUCCAGAUAAUCUCAAACCUGAAGGUGAAUUUAUGUCAAGGCCUAAAGAAGAGACACCGAUAAAAGGUGAUAGAGCUGAAGUUAAAAGACCCAAAGACAAUUUGAAACCUGAAGGUGACUUCGAACGUCCUGAACAUGAAGAGUAUCAGCCAGCUGAGAGGCCAGAAAUGAAAAAACCCAAAGAUAAUCUCAAAACUGAAGGUGAAUUUGAUAGACCACAGACAAAGAAGUUUGGACCGGCUGAAAAGAGGACUCCUAUCAAACAUCCGGAUAAUUUGAAGCCGGAAGGUGAAUUUUUAGGUAAACCUAAAGAAGAGGCACCAAAACGUGGUGAAAGAGUUGACAUUAAGAAACCAAAGGAUAACUUAUAUCCAGAAGGUGAAUUCGAUAGACCUGUUAAGUCUCCAGCUAAACCUGCCGAGAAACGUACGCCUAUAAAACAUCCUGAUAAUCUCAAAACCGAAGGUGACUUCACAGGUAGACCUAAAGAUGACUUUAGACCUACCAAAGGUGAACGUGCUGAUGUUAAGAAACCUGAAGAUAAUCUCAGACCAGAAGGUCCAUUCGAAGGUCGUCCUAAAGAUGAUUACGUAACAACUCGUGGUGAACGCAUGGACGUUGUCAGACGUACCGACAAUCUGCGAAUGGAAGGUGAUAUCGAAACUUAUAGGUCACGUGAUGAGUAUACUGAUUUCAUCUUACGUGAACGUGCCGAAGUCGUCAAGUAUCAGGACAAUUUAAGGAUGGAAGGUGAAUUUACUGAUAUUAGAACUAGAGACGAUUUCAAAGUAGUUAGAGGUGAACGAGUAGAUAUAGUCAGGCACGAGGAUAAUCUCAAGUCCGAAGGUCUUUUCGAAGGUCGGCCCAAGGAUGAUUAUUCGCCAAAGAAAGUGGCCAGACCAGAAAUCAAGAAACCGGAAGAUAACUUGAGACCUGAAGGUGAAUUUGAGAGGCCUGAAAAGGUACCAGUUGGACCAGCAGAACGUAGAUCGCCUAUCAAACAUGAUGACAAUUUGAAGCCUGAAGGUGAAUUUAUUGGUCGUCCAAAGGAACAGGCACCUAAGAAAGGUGAAAGAGCUGACGUAAAGAAGCCUAAAGAUAAUCUGAAGCCGGAAGGAGACUUUGAAAGGCCAGAGAAAAAGCCUGUUGGCCCAGCCGAAAGAAGAACACCAAUAAAACACGCCGACAAUUUGAAACCAGAAGGUGAUUUUGUCCAGAGAUCUAAAGAAGUGACACCUGGUAAAGGUGAUCGGGCAGCUAUCAAGAAACCUAAAGACAAUUUGAAACCAGAAGGUGAAUUUGAUAGACCAGAAAAGACAGCAGUUGGACCAGCUGAGAGAAGAACACCUAUCAAACGUCCUGAUAAUCUUUAUCCAGAAGGUGAAUUUGUGGGUCGUCCGAAAGAGAAGACACCUGGGAAAGGUGAAAGAGCUGAUGUCACGAGACCUAAAGACAAUCUUCGUUCAGAAGGAACAUUCGAAAGACCAGAGAAAAUCCCUGUUGGACCAGCUGAAAGACGAUCACCAAUCAAACACGAGGACAAUCUUCAUCCCGAAGGUGAAUUUGUUGGUAGACCUAAAGAUGAUUUCACACCGAAACGUGCUGAACGUCCUAUUCAAAAGAGACCAAAGGACAAUCUCAAACCCGAAGGUGAAUUUGUUGGCAAGCCUAAAGACGAUUAUAAACCUGGCAAGGCAGAAAAAACUGAGAUCGUAAUUCAUCGUGACAAUUUGAAGAUGGAGGGUGACAUUCACGUACAUAGAUCAAGAGAUGAUUAUACUACAACAUCCAGAAUUGAACGAACAGAUGUCAUUCGUAGAGAAGAUAAUCUCAAAGUGGAAGGUGAAUUUAUUGAUAUUCGAAGACGUGACGAUUAUAGAGUGACACGUGGAGAACGUAGCGAGAUCAUUAGGCAUGAAGAUAAUCUACGUCCAGAAGGUGACUUCGAACGUCCCGAUAAGGUACCAGUAGGUCCAGCAGAAAGAAGAACACCGAUCAAACAUCCAGACAAUUUGAAACCUGAAGGUGAUUUUGUUCAAAGACCAAAAGAAUCAACGCCUGGCAAAGGUGACCGAGCAGCUAUUAAAAAACCCAAGGACAAUUUGAAACCGGAAGGUGAAUUUGAUAGACCAGAAAAGACAAUAGUUGGACCUGCUGAACGAAGGACACCAAUCAAGCAUCCUGAUAAUCUCCAUCCAGAAGGUGAUUUCAUUGGUAGACCUAAAAAAGAGACUCCAGGUCGUGGCGAUCGAGCUGAUGUUAAGAAACCAAAGGACAAUCUUCGUCCAGAAGGUGAAUUUGCUAAACGUACACCGAAAAAACUCGAACCAGCCGAGAAACGUGGUCCGAUUCGACAUGAAGACAAUUUGCACGUCGAAGGAGAAUUUUAUAUCGUUCCGAAGGAUGAUUAUAGUCCUCAGAAAGCUGAACGUUCACCGAUCAAGAAACCACAGGAUAAUCUUAGACCAGAAGGUGAAAUGCAGAUAAUGCCAACUUCGAAAGAAGAUUACAAAUACACGAAUGGUGAAAGAAUGGAAGUACGUCGUCACGAAGAUCAUUUACGUAUGGAAGGUGAUUUGGAUGUUCGACGAUCUAGGGAUGAUUACAAGAUCACCAAAGUUGAACGAGUAGAUAUAAAGAAAAGAGAGGAUCAUUUAAGAAUGGAAGGUGAAUUUAUAGAUGUCAGAAGAAAGGAUGAUUACACAUACGUUGCUGGCGAACGAGUGUCUGUUAAAAGACAAUCGGAUCAUUUACGUCCCGAGGGAGACUUUGAUAGACCUCAGAAGAGUCAGUUGGGUCCAGCCGAACGAAGAUCACCUAUCAAACAUCCUGACAAUUUAAAAUCAGAAGGUGACUUCGAACGUAGGACACCGGAAAAAAUGAAACCAGGUGAAAGACGUUCCCCCAUUCGUCAUGUUGACAAUUUGAAGCCGGAAGGUGAUUUUGUAGGUCGUUCACGUGAUGAUUAUACGAUUAAACGAGGUGAAAGAAGCGAGGUUAUCAGGAGAGAAGAUAAUUUGAAACUGUCAGGUGAUUUCCAGGGUACCAGCAUGCAAAAAUCGACAUAUACCGCAGUACGUGGUGAACGUGCUGAGGUUAAACGUCAUGAAGAUAAUCUCAAGGUCAGUACUGAUAGUAUGGAAACGAAGACAACCAGUAAGGACACGUUUACACCUAUAAAGAAGGAUUUGUCACAUGGUGAUAAACAAAUAAGUCGAAGACGUCACAUGGAAUCGUCGAUCAAUUUAGGUGACGACACUAGCGUCAUGACAACGACCAAUCAAAGAAAUUACAACACUUAUACCAAACGUGGUAAAGAAAUAGACACACAGAUUAGCAAUCUCGAAUCAGAUAUCAAGAAGAAUAUUUCCGUAGUGAAAAAGUUAACAACAACUUCAGUACAAUCCGAUCAACAUGUCUCUUCGGCUCAUAACGUACAUCAACAGACUAUUGUCGACCGUCGUAAUGUUCAAACGAUUGGCAACGAACAACAACAUCAUCAACAUCAUCAUCAUCAUCAUCACCAUCUUCAACAACAGCAACAGCAACACUUGAACGAUCAUCAGCAGAGAAUCUAUUCCAGUGAGCAACACUCUAGAUCCCAAAAUCUAUCCCAAUCACGGCGUACGUUAGAUGAUAGAUCCGUCGAUCAUCAAUCUCGACAAGGGCAGCUUUUGAAAGACAACAAACAGAUUCAAGAUACACAUAAACAGAUCCAAGAGAGUAGUAAACGUGAUUAUGUAAAUUCAAUGCAUAUGGAGAAACGUCAGAGCAGUGCUAUUAGACAUUCCAAACAGCAUUACGAUCAGCACACUGUAUCCAGCCAAGCUAAAUACAAUGGUAAUCAAGCUAAUAGUACCGAAUUCAAACAAGCAAUUUCUGGAUCCUCGAUCAUAAACGAUGAUAGCCAUGAACAAUCGGCCUAUACUAAGAAGUCCCAUCAUAGAAAAAAUAUUAUAUCGUCGUCGUCAGCUGACGUAACCAAUUCCGUACUUCAUCGUCGUAGUGGUAUGACUACGUCCACGGAAGCUUUACAUACGAUAUCAUCUACUGCAGCUGAUCAAAAAAAGAGUCUCUCAAAUUUAGCUGAAAGUGGACAAUACAUAAGCAAUUCGAGUCAGAGUAAUGACAGACGUAGCUUGACCUCGUUGCACCGUAACAACAAGGAUGCAAAUCUUUGGGCAUCGUCUACCUACGAAAGACCACAGAGAAUCAUCAGGCAGGAUAAUUUGACAGUCGGUGGUAAAUUUUAUUCCCAUAGCGAGGCCAAAACUUAUGGGAAUUUUGUUAAUACUCAAAAAAUCGAAAGGGUACAAAAACAAUCGAACGUGUCGCAUAUUAAAUUGGGCGACGGCAAUCAUGUUACUUCUAGCAUGUAUAAAAAGGAAUAUGCGCCUAAACACAAAGGUCCCUGUCCUGCGUCCUUAAUCGAAUCGAAACAAACACCGUUCAAACAUACCAGGGACACACCCAAACAUAAAUUUUAUAUGCCACUUGUUUCGAAUUAAAUUUAUUUAAGAUCUAAUGAUCCUAAAUAGGAUCUAAGAUCAUGGAUCCUAUCGAUGAAUUUUUCAUUGAUUCUUUUCACUUUUUUUUUUUUUCUUUUUCUCUCUCUAUUUUUUUCCUUUCUUUUUCUUUUUUUUCUUCCUUUUUUCGCUUCAAAUUUUUCGUUUUUUUAAUAAAUUUAAGAUACAAUACGUACACACACACAUAUAUAUAUAUAUAUAUAUAUAUGUGCGUAAAAAAAAUAAAUCUGUUCCAAUGAAAUAGAUCAACGAAAUUUUUUAUAAAAUUUAUUCGAGCGAGCUCUCGAAUUAGCCAUGACAUAUAUUUGUUAAUGGAUUGUUUAACGAUCCUAGUAAGAAAAAUGAGAGGGAGGAGAGGGGGGGGGAGUAUGUGGGAGUGUAUAAACGAGAUAGAUAGAGAGAGAAAGAAAGAGGAAAAAAAAAACAAUAUAUUGUGAUAAAUUUUUGCUGUUAUAUUUUGUGCGUUAUACAUAUUUAUUAUUAUUCGAGCGAGACGAUGUGUAGGAGUAACAAAAAAAAAAAAAAAAAAGAAAGAAAAAAUCGAAAAAAAAAACGAAAGGAAGGAAAGAAAAGAAAAGAGAGAGAGAGAGAGAGAGAGAGAGAGAGAGAUUCGAAAGAAAAAAAAAUGAUUACGAGAUUAUUUGAUAGGGACAUCGAAAUGGUCCCGAAUUUUUUGAACAAAAUAAUAAUAAAGAAAAAUACAGAUAUUCAAAAAGA